AGCGGGCCGGGCAGUCACUCCUCUGCUCCCGCUAUGGGGGUGACGGUGGAGGAGCACACAAUUUACAGAUACCCCUUCGAGUAUGUGGUGGCUAGCUAUCUCCGAAAGUAUCCCAGUCCCAUGGAGAAACACAUCACAGCUGUAAAAACAGUAGAAGAGAAAACAGAUUUGUCUUCAGGAAUUAUAUACCGGAGAAGGAUUGCAACGUGCCAGAAUGUAAUUCCACAGAUUUUAAGAAAGCUCAGUGUCCUAAAAGUUUCUGAUGUCUACUUAGAAGAGGAAUCUUGGCUUAAUGUGCAAGAAAGAAUUAUGUCUAUGAAGACUCGUUGCCUUACCUGGACACAGUAUGCUUCUCUAAAAGAAGAGUCAGUCUUCAAGGAAAGCUUGGAGAAUCCAAACUGGACAGAGUUCAUUCAGAAAGGGAGUAUUUCCAUUAAAGGGGCAGGGCUGCUGAAUUGCUUGCUGGAAGCUUUUGCACAAACAUUUUUAACUCAAGGUGCCAAAAAGGGCAUUGCGAUCAUGGAGUUGCUUCUUCAAGAACAGUUUGGUAGUCCAUUUUUGUAAUGAGCAAAAAGUGAAGAAAUCACAAAGUUUGAACCACGUCAAUAUGUCCUUAUUCUCGAAGAAAUUUCUUGAAACUCUUUGGGUUAUCAUUUUAAUGAAGGAAUGAGCAGGGGCCAAAAAGAUAAGGGUCUACACACUAUUCAAGUAAUGUAAUGAAACGGUGUUCUUUUAAAAUUGAUGCCUGGGAGUAAUCAUGAAGUACACUUUGCCCUUGUGCUUUAAACUAUGCAUUCAGAGGAAAUGAUCGAAAUGAAGAACCAACCCCCAAGCUUGUGCUUCUGUGGAGACACUGUCGGCCCAGAGGAACUGCUGUGCAAGAGGGACAUUUUAUUUAUAAGCACUAUGACUUUUUAUCAUGUCAGGCUGCCAUGUGAACAUUUUUUUCGUCACUCAAAAUGCUGGAUUUAUUUGUUUUUUUUGCCACAACUGUGCGUCAAAUUCCACAAAGAUUAUACUUGUUUCUAAGGUAUGCCAGAAUAUCCCUCUAAAAUGUGAAUAACAAUAAAACAUUACCAUUUUCCUAAGUCUGCAGAAGCUUGAAGCCAUAAAAUAAAUAAAAAUAUGUCUAAAAAUGUCCAUGCAUUUCCAACCUAACCAGGGUUCCACUCAUUUAAGUCCACUGAAGUUAAUGGGCUUAGAAAUGUGUGGCCCUGCUUAGGACGGGGCUGCUAAUGGAUAAUUAAUUCCAAUAAUGAUAGUUUUUAGAUGGUAACCUUGUUUUUUUCAGGGGUAGUAAGUUUAACAGGUAGGUUUCAAAAUAGACAUCCCACAGAUUAAUUCCUGUGUUUACUGACUUGUGUGAUCAGAAGGUCAUGGCCGUUCCUCUUCCUCCUUUUUUAUAGUCCUGCAGCUCUUUCAAAGGGUAUAUCAAUGAUUUGGUCUACAGAAGACCUUCAGUCUUACCUGAAUAUCCUUAUUUGAAAGUAAAGCAGAUCAUGGCCAAAGUCUUAAAACUUACAAUAAUGUUUUGUGUAGAUAGAUCUGAUGAGUGUAUCACAUUGCUAAUAAAUAAAUAUCUGCAUUUGUUAAAAAAAAUUCUCCUGUGUUGGGAUUAAUGUUGUUGAUACUAUAAAUUCAAGUGCUGGAAGGAUAGUUAAUAUCUGCAAUGAACUGGUAUCUCGUCUGCAUUGGAUAGGUACUGUAAACAUGCCACGGUUUGUUGGAUGAUGCUUAAGUAAA